AUGGGGAGGAAGCGGAGGCGACCUGCUCUGGCCUGCGACCAGUGCCGGGCGCGCAAGAUCCGUUGCGACAAGACUCACCCCUGUGCGGCGUGCCAGCGAUCUCGGAACCAACAUUGCACCUAUGCGCCCCAUCCACAGCCCAGAACGAAACUGACCUUGUUGAGCCCCUCUAUACCAUCUCCAAUUGUCCACCCUGUCCAGGCUGCAGGCUUAGGGCAUGGUACUUAUCCCACCUCAGCACCAAAGCUCUAUGAAUCGGACAACUCCAACAGCUUUACCGGAUCCAGACCGUCACCAGCUCUGGCAGGCCCCUUGUCGCAAUCUGACGCCGCUCCGAGUACCGUUCAGCAGACGAACACCUCCAUCCCUGGGGUCAUGGCGCUCACACCGGACACCCUCCCAGGCGGUUCGACAUACGCCAACGUAGCCUCCCUUGAAUAUCGGGUCAGACAGCUGGAGCAGGAACUGGCAAGGUCCCGUGAGCGAAGUGCUCAUAACCACGACCGCGGUCCUCAAUGCGAGGAUGAACUUUGCGAUAGAGUCGAUCGCCAGGACAAGGCCGUGAUCAGCAAAAUGCAAUAUCUGGGGCGAAGUCACUGGUUUAAUGUUGCACACCUUAUGCCCGUUCUCAUAGACUUUCUCAAAGAAGUAGAGACAGACAGGGGCGAUGUCUUUCGCCAGCUUCAUAAGUGCAAGUCUUUGGCAAGAAAAGUCAAGGCCUGCCGUGUCCCAGACUCUGCCACCACUGCCUCUAUUGGGAAGCGGAUGCCCAUGAGACAACUAGCAGAUCAGCUCAUAGAGGCAUACUUGAGGACCUUUGAGACUGUGUACCGCACCAUCCACGUUCCUACGUUCCGCGCCGAGUACGAAAGGUACUGGGCAGACCCCAAGGCAGCUGACGACUCCUUCGUCAUUCUUCUGCAGCUUUGUAUGGCUAUCGGCGCCGCCUUUCAAGACGAUACUUUCUCGCUUCGCAUGUCCGCCUGCCACUGGGUUUUUGAGGCAAAUCUCUGGCUCAUGUUGGCCUGUAAGAGACAUAGGACUAGCAUCACGGGCAUGCAGAUCCUCUGCCUGUUGCAUCACGCGAAAAACAUCACUAAUAUGAGCUCCGAUCUGAGCUGGAUCGGUGCUGGAACUCUCCUUCAUACAGCAACAUAUAUUGGGCUCCAUAAGGACCUAAAGUCGUUCCCCGGGAUGACGGUACGCGAGGUAGAGAUACGUCGGCGGCUGUGGGCUACAGUCUUAGAGAUCGUCCUUCAAACCAGCCUAGACUCGGGGGGAACUCCUCUCAUAUCCCCAGAAGACUACGACACCGACCCACCCGCUAAUUUUAAUGAUGAGCAGCUCAUUAACCAUCCUGAGUCGGCAUCCCCAGGUACGGACGACGCCAAAGAGUGCACUGAGAUGGCGGCCCAACUCGCCUUACUGAAAACCUGGCCAGCCCGGCUGGCUGUCGCCAAGGCAGUCAAUUGCGUCCGCUCCACGGCCUCUUUCAACAAAACUCUUGCUGUCAACUCGGAACUCAGCACUUCUCUACAAGAAAUGAUGCGACGGCUGUGCAAGUUCCACGAGACGGGCGGAAUCACAUCGUUUCAGCUGAGAUACUCCGAGUUCACCAUGUACCGCUUCUUCUUGACCCUCCACCAGCCCAUCCUCCCCCAAGCACUGCAGAAUCCCUUCUAUCAUUUUUCUCGCAAGAUAUCCACCGACAUGAGCACGCGCCUCGCCGCAAUAACAUAUCUAACCCCUGAAUCUCGGGCGUUUCUCCCCACCCCUCAGGCCACCCCCUCGGACUGGGACUUUUCCCGCCUUUUCCUAUGCGGAAGCGGCCCAUACCGAGCCACCCAGGCACAGCUAAUUCUGACCCUAGCCGUGGAUCUCGCUCAGACCCUGGAGGAAGAGCCCCGAUCGCACUACGGCACCCUUACAUCAGGCAUGACCGAGGUGCGCUCGAUCAUCCAGUCGUGGCACGAGCUGUGCCGGGAACGUAUCAGAGCUGGCGACACAAAUGUAAAGGCGUUAGUAAGCACCGCCUGCAUGCUUGCUCACAUUGAUGGGGUCGAAGCUCGUUGGUCCAAGCCGGAGAGUGACAAGAUGCUCCGCGAGGCCGCCAAAAAGGGGGCAGCAGAGUGCGUCGAGUUACUGCAGGAUAUGGUUGGAGAGAACAGCGACACGAGCGAGGCAGGCCCGUCGUUGGAUAAUACUUGGCAGAGUCUGGAUCUUGACGAUAUUGGGGAUUUUGAUUUUCUAGGGGGCUGGGACUGGGAUGAUGCCGCUGUUGCACCUGGUUUCUAUUUGGAUUUCAACUUUACUGCUACUGGCCUUGGUAAUAUUUCUGGCUAG